AUGGACUCAGACGAAGAGUUCAUGCAAUUCGCGGAGGCGGGAGAAGCGCCGCCUUCUCCAGUCCCUCAAAGGAAGCUCAAACGUUUGAGGAGGAAACUCGCUAGUCCGAAAGGUUCGCAAGAAGCAGUCCAUCAUCUGUCGGAAGAGGAUGAUGAGCCUUCUCCUUCCGUUCGGCCCGUGAGGUCCCCGAUUCUUUUCGAAACCCUAGAUUCGGAGGAGAGGGAUGACGAUGAUGGAUUUCAGGCCACGAAAUCCAGAUCCGUGUUCGAUUUUAUGCGUCCCAAGGAGGGAGCUGAAAUGGAUUAUACUGCUGAUGGUUCAGGCACGAGCGGACGCGUAGCUGGAGUUAAGAGGUCGCUGGAUUUCGGAUCAGACGGCGAGGAGCCUGACGGCGGAGGAGAUGGAGAUCGAACAACGGUGAGUGUGGGAGUGGAUGAAGAAAUUUGCGAAUCGAGGAUGGAGGAAUCGGAGAAGCAACGGGCAGCUUUAGACGGGACUGAGGUAGAGAAAGAGAAGACGAAGAAGAAGCACAAGAAGAAAAAGAAGGAUAGGGGAUCUGAUGAUGGUUGUGACGAGGAGCCAAGCGCAGGAGGGAAGAAGGAUAGAAGAACUCGUCUCAAGGAACUUCGUGUUGAAUCUCAGAGGCUGUUAAGAGAGACCAGAGAUGCAUCGUUUAAACCUCAACCUCUGGUUCAGAAGCCUGUGUCAACAAUUUUGGAGAAGAUUCGGCAAAGAAGGCUUGAGCUCUCCAAGAGAUCAGUACGAGCAAAUCCUGCUUCGUUCGACGAGAAUGAUCUUUCUCCAAAAGGGUUAUCUGUAGACUUGGAUUCUGCGGAUGCUCAUUUUGAGGACGUUGAAUAUCCAGACGUUACUAUAUCAGAUGCUGUGAAAAGUAUGAAGAAGCCUGCUGAUAUGGCGGAGAAGACUGAUGUUGAAGGCCAGGAAGGAUCCAAGAACUCUGCAAGUCCCAGUAGCAAAAGCCCUGCUCCUGAAAUUGCACUGAGUGAGGAACUAAAGCAAACAUUUCGAGCUCCACUUGAUGACACUCAGGAUCUAUUUGAUUCCCAAACGAGUGACAGUAAAGAUGAGAUGCUGGAUGAGACACCUAGGAGUCCACUGGAGGAAGUUCUUGCGCCAUCCUUACUUGCAAUGAACUUGAAGUUUGACUCUGUUUGCCCUCUUGAUUCAGGCAGUUCUUCUGACGAAGAAGAGUACAAUGAUAAGGAAAACAUUGAUCCCCGCCUUUCUGGAUCAAUUGACCUGUCUUUAUCCCCCAAAGGAGAUCCAAUGAAGGCUUUCAUCGACGAGGAAGCCGAGGAAGAAGAUGACAGUGAUAAUGACUUAAACCGCUUCCAAGAGAAUGAGGAUGACGAUGAUGACGAUCUCGACUCUGAGGAGAUUAACGACAUCAUUGCAACAGGAUUCAAAGAAAAACCUGUUGAUGAUGAAAUGCGAAAUGAACUUCACCAGAAGUGGCUUGAGCAGCAGGAUGCUGCUGGAACAGAGCACCUCAUGAAGAAACUCAACUGUGGCGGAGGUCGUGGUGGUUCCGAGCUGAAGGAAUCUUUGUUGCUUGAUGAGGGAGAAGAGGAUGAAGAAAGUAACUGGGAAGGAGGAGAUUUUCUUGACGAAGCAGCAGAAGGCCCAGUUACUAGAAAUGUAAUCAAGAUGAACUUGAAGAAGGCCAAAGAAAUGAUGCCUCUGAUGUUUACAGAUCACAAUGAUGUGUAUGUAUCGUCGGAUGAUGAAGAAACUGAGAGAAGCCUGGUUCAACAGCGGAUGUUUGUCAACCCGGAGACUCGAAGCCCGUUUGUUGCACCAGCAGAAGAUGAAAGCUCCAAAGAUAUCUUCAGUCGAAUAAAGAAGUUGAAUCCUGUACCCGACAGCAAGAAGAAACCCAAGAUAACAUCUCAUUUUCAGUCGCUCUCCAUCGGAGGCAACAAAGCUACAAAGUCUAAGUCGUCUUUCCUGCAACGUGGCUCGAGAAACCCACAGCAAUCGUUCCAGAUGCAAGGGUCCUCCUCAUCCUCCAUAUCGCGCUCUUUCAUCUUCGAACGAGACGACAGCCAUAGCAGGAACACAGUCUCAUCAGACGAUCCCUCAGAAUCUGUACAUGUAGAGCCGAAAGCUAGAAGAGCCACGGCCAAGUUCAUGAACUCUUCGCAAGCUAGAUCAUCGGCCAAUACUCAAAGCACUCAAGCUGGUUCACAGGCGAAUGUUGGUGCUCCGUCGCUACACGAGAUCCUGAAGGCGUCUCGACAACGAACCAAUCAGGGCGACGAUGCGGCUUCUUGCCAUCAUGUUGAAUCAACCAUCUAUACUGCUUUCAAACUGGACAGGAAUUUGGUCGCCAGAUCAGCUGCGGGUUCUGUAUCGGUAAGAAUGGUUUAG